AUGUCGUCUGUGAAUCGAUCGGUCUCCAUGGCCCAGGAUGAUCCUCUCAUUCAGGCCCUCCCCCCGGCAACCGACUACCUCACCUACCUCACUUUGCUGGAGUACCAGCUAACCCCCGCUCGCCUACCGAUCCUCCACAGACUGCUUCAAGAUGAGACCUUAACAACGAAUAUCGGCUGGGACCUAGUAAAGAUGCUACUUCCUAUGCUCCCGGCAUCCUCAGAGUGUCUUCAGGACGUGGCGCGGCUCGGAAAUCCACGAGAAGUCAUCCUACGAGUCGCAGAUGCUUUAAUGCACUUGCACCCCGCGGACGAUGAAGUCGAGAACGAGGGCGAGGGCGAGGAGAAGGGCGAGACCACAUCCGUCCCUCUUCACGUGCUCCAAUUCAAUACACUCGUCGCAAUGCUCUCGGUCCUCCACACUCGUAUCCAGACGAAAUCCCCAAGCCGAUUCCUUGCGACUUCCCUUCAGGCCGCCCUCGAAGCAUAUACCUCAAUGCCAACGAAUGAAACCACCCUUGCGCUCCUGGAAUUCAUGAGAGACGUUUCCCCCACGAAACGACCUCCGCCGCCUCCUAGAGCUCCAAGCGAUUCGACCGUGCUCCGAGUCGCGGAAGCUUCUGCCCCAGAUCCCGAAGCAGAGAUUAGCUCGCCGAAGCCGGGUGUUAGCGAAGAGACAUUGCUCAUAAAGCGAUUCUUGCAAUUCGGCUUGAUCGAGCUUCUGAAGUCGUACUUGUUGAGCUGCUCUGGUCCGAUGGACCCAGGGAUGUCGUGGGCUAUCCGACUGCAAGAGAAAUUCCAGCCUGAGACACGUAUGCCUGGAACAGGCUCUCCUACAACUGUCUACACAGAGACUAAGCAGCUGGGAGAGAGGGACGCGAUCAUCGCGAAGAUUACUGCACUCUCUCAAGACAUUGGCUUGACCGAUGCCGACCUUCUCAAAGUUGUCCUGCAAUCCCCGGAAACACAGCCACCGCCGUUGGAUUUUGAAGAGCAUCCUAAGAAAGUUGAGGACAUUCCACUGGAAAGACAUGGAUCUUUGCUUCUACUCGCCGCCAGAGGUGCAGUCUCGCAACUGUUCUCGUCUGGGAAGCCUUCAUCGAUCCAAAUUUAUCCCGAUCUGGCACGCAUCUUCAACAACUUUGUCGGAAAGUUCUGCACAUUAGACGAGGUGGCAUUUGAACAGCCGCAGGUCUUACUAGACUCCCUGCUUGUGCUGACGAUCCUAUCCCUACAACAACCCGUCUACCCGCCUGCCGACGAAACUGAAUUCAUUGACUUCGUCGUGUCGCUAACAGCCUGCACUGUUCGCCAAACUUACACCACCGUCCGGAGAGUCCCCGCAACAGUCAUCCACAACAACCCCUCCCAAAUCGCGCGGUUCAAAGUGAUCCGCAAAGUCCUUGAAGACGACUACUAUCGCACCCUCAAAGACCGCGCAAUUGACUGGCUCAAGAACGAAAUCCUGGCCGCAGCCAGAGACUCCACCACUAACAUCUUCCUCAACCCCCACUACUUCUCCGUCCUCUUCCCCCUCCUCUACACCUCCCCAGUUCUAACACUUGACCUCACCACCGGCCCUGGCGACCUGGUAAGCCCCUGGAAUCGCUUCACACAAAGCGCCAGCCCCGCAAUUCAUUCCGCUUUAACCCUUUACUACAUUCUGCUCUCCUCGCCGAACCUUCGAAAGGCUCUUCAACUCGAAAAAACCUAUAUCUACUUCCGCACCCGCUUCCUCGAACCACUCAAGGCUAUCCUGGCGGCAUUUACCGCUGACCUCCCCGCAAAUGGCGGAGACGGGAAGAUUGAGGCCGCUGUCGGCGAAGACAUGAUGAAGAUUGGAAUGGCACGGUCCGUAGAACUGGUUUCGCAUCUCGUGAACCAGGUUGAAGAUGUGGCGAGGGAUGUCUUUGUUCUUGGAGACGCGGAGUUGCAGGAGCCGAGUGCGGAUGACAUUGCGAGAGUUGAUGCGUUGAGGAGGGAGACGAAGGUUUAG